AUGUGGGGGAGCGGUUGGUCUGUCGACCCGGGGGGUCUGAGGGGCGGCUGGUCAUGGGCUGCGCAGGCUUCGGGGCCAGAGACGUGUGCGGAGCCCUCAGGGGACGGCCCUGACUCCCGCAGCCAGGCUGCAGAAAUCAGCCAUGAUACCAAGAAAUUCCGGUUUGAGCUACCUUCACCAGAUCAUAUAUUAGGAUUACCUGUAGGCCAACAUGUUUACCUUUCUGCAAAAAUCAAUGGUAAUCUGGUGAUUCGAGCCUAUACCCCAGUUUCCAGUGACGAGACCAAAGGUUAUGUUGAUUUAAUUAUAAAGGUCUACCACAAAAAUGUGAAUCCCAAGUUUCCAGACGGUGGGAAGAUGUCCCAGUACCUAGAUGACAUGAAGAUUGGAGAUAUUAUUGACUUCAGAGGGCCAAAUGGGCUCCUUGUCUAUAAGGGGGCAGGUACCUUUCUUAUCAAGCCUCAUAAGAAGUCUGAAGCAGAGAAAAAGUUUGCAAAGCAUCUUGGGAUGAUAGCUGGAGGAACAGGAAUAACUCCCAUGUUGCAGCUGAUCCGCCGAAUCACAAAUGAUCCUAAGGACUCCACAAAAUGUUACCUUCUUUUUGCUAAUCAGACAGAGAAAGAUAUAUUACUGAGAGCUGAGCUGGAAGACAUUGCGAAGAGGCAUCCUGAUCAGUUCACGCUUUGGUAUACACUGGACAGACCUCCACAAGAUUGGAAGUACAGUUCUGGCUUCGUCACUGCAGACAUGAUUAAAACCCACCUCCCUUCCCCGGGCAGUGAGACGCUCAUUCUCAUGUGUGGGCCACCACCUAUGAUUCAGUUUGCCUGUCAGCCCAGCCUGGACAAACUUGGCUAUCCCAAGAGCAGUACAUUUUCUUAUUAACACUGAUGUCAUCUGAUACCUUUUUGUAAACAGUGGAGACUGUGGACCUGAAUCUGUUCCCGAAGAAAGCGGUGAAAGGUCAUCCGACAGUACUGUACCGUCCACGUUCUCUGUUUCUCCUGGGUCAGGAACAGUAA